AUGUGCUCAUGCGACAACCUUCCAACCACCUCCCUCCUCCCUCCUUCCCACCCUGAUCUCGUCAGACGCAUGUCUCCCCCUCCUGAGUUACCGUCACUUAGCCGUCACUCCCUCACUCCCUCCCUUACUCUCUCCGAUCCCUCUCCCCACCCACCCGUCGCCCUUCCUGCCCCGUCCUCCCUCCCUGCUCCAUUCCUCCUUCCGCCUCCCGCUCGCUUUCCCCCCUCCCUAUCCCUGGCCUCCUCUCCGUUCUCGUCCUUACUUCACUUCCCCGCCAGUCCUGCCUUCUCCUCCUCGCUUUCCUCGGAAGCGAGUGAGCGGGACGGCGAAGAAGUCGAGGAGGAGGAGGAGGAGGACGAGGUGGAAGAGGAGGAGGAGGACGAGGAAGAGGAGGAGUGGGGCGGAGAUGGGGGAUCGUAUGGGGAAUCGAUGGGAACAGCUUCAAUGGAUAGCGACGCGAAUAGGUCGAACGAGGAUGCGGUGUGUGAUAUGGAUUUAAUGCACAGUGACAGACCACAUAUGGCCAGAAGAACCACUGUGCUGACUUUCCAGAAGUAG